CCUCACUCUGCUUUCUCUCUCUACAAAGGUAGAGAGGGAGAAAAAAAAAACACCCAAAAGAAAGGCUCACACCACCCACCUCCAUUUAGCUUACUUCUCUCUCCUCUCGCCCUCUUCCCCACCCAACAAAUCGAGCUAGCUUAGCAGAGGACCUGAGGUCCAUAGAGAAGCAGCGCAAGCCCCCAAGGGGAAUCCAGCAACUCAGCGGCGGGCGGCGGCGGCAGCAAGAGCAAUCUACAGGGGGGAGCAGAGCAGAGGCCGGUCGCGCGCAGCGAUGGGCGCGCCGGUGCGCGGCGCCCUUUUCUUCUUCCUCCUGCUCCUGGCGGGGGCGGCGGCCGAGGACGUAGCGCCGCAGGAACCCACAUUGCCCGCCGCGGGCGCCGGCGGAGGUGCUGUCGGCUCCGGCGGCGGCGCCGUCGGGGUCAACUCCAACUCGGUGCUGGUGGCCCUGCUGGAUUCGCACUACACGGAGCUGGCGGAGCUGGUGGAGAAGGCGCUGCUCCUGCAGACGCUCGAGGACGCCGUGGGGAAGCACAACGUCACCAUCUUCGCGCCGCGGAACGAGGCGCUGGAGCGGGACCUCGACCCCGAGUUCAAGCGCUUCCUCCUCGAGCCCCGCAACCUCAAGUCGCUGCAGGCGCUGCUGCUCUACCACGUCCUCCCCGCGCGCCUCCCCUCCGAGUCCUGGCCUGCCGCGUCCCACCCCACGCUCUCCGGCGAGGAGGUCGAGCUCGCAGCCGGCAUGCGCGUGGGCAGCGCCGCCGUCACGCGCCCGGACGCGGUGCUCCGCCCCGACGGGGUCAUCCACGGCAUCGAGCGCCUCCUCGUGCCCCGCUCCGUGCAGGAAGACUUCAACCGCCGCCGCAGCCUCGCCGCGAUCUCGGCCGUGCUGCCCACCGGCGCGCCCGAGGUGGACCCGAGGACGCACCGCCUCAAGAAGCCCGCGCCGCCGGUGCCCCCCGGCGCGCCCCCCGUGCUCCCGAUCUGGGACGCCAUGGCGCCCGGCCCGGCCAUCGCCCCGGCACCGGCACCUGGGCCCAGCUCCGGGAAGCACCACUUCGACGGCCACAGCCAGGUCAAGGACUUUAUCCAGACGCUGCUCCUAUACGGCGGCUACAACGAGCUCGCCGACAUCCUUGUCAACCUCACCUCGCUCGCCACCGAGAUGGGCCGCCUCGUCUCCGAGGGCUACGUGCUCACCGUCCUCGCCCCCAACGACGAGGCCAUGGCGCGCCUCACCACGGACCAGCUAAGCGAGCCUGGCUCGCCGGAGAACAUCCUCUACUACCACAUGGUCCCCGAGUACCAGACCGAGGAGUCCAUGUACAACGCCGUGCGGCGGUUCGGCAAGGUGCGCUACGACACGCUCCGGCUGCCGCACAAGGUGACCGCGCGGGAGGCCGACGGCUCCGUCAAGUUCGGCCAGGGCGAGGGCUCCGCCUACCUCUUCGACCCGGACAUCUACACCGACGGUAGGAUCUCGGUGCAGGGCAUUGACGCCGUGCUGUUCCCACCGGGCGACAAGAACGCGACGCAGACCGCCGACCCUCACAGGAAGCCUCCCGUCAUCACCACCAAAAAGAAGAUCAAGCUCCGGCGAGGCAAGUUGUUAGAAGCAUCGUGCCAAAUGGCAGGCCUCUUCGGUCAGCGAUCGCGAUUCGCGAGCUGCGAAGAUUGAGCUCUCCAUGAUACCGAAAGGCGAACGAACUGAAACGAAGUGAUGACCGAUGGGCGAUGAUGGGCUGGUGCUGGAGGGAGCCGUCCACAAUAUUAUUUGUUUUCUUUUUUUUUGUUUAUUGAUAAUAAUAAUGAAUCAGGUGGGGAUGUAAACUCGGUGGUUGUUGGUGUGUCUGUCCAGAGAAAGAGGGGAAAAAAAAUAGAAAAAGUCAGAAAAAAAAAAUUGUCCAUACAUGAAGGAGGACCAGGAUCGUCGUCUGUGUAUAGGAAGGAAAUUAAAACGUUUUGUUUUCGUCAUUCUUUUGCUUCUGCUCCCGUUUUGACAAUGAGAAUCUCGGGGUGAACACACACAUCAUUCUUAUGAUUCCUUUUUUCUCUUAUAUAGUAUUUGUAUCUCCCAAUAUGUUAUUUGUCGUGAUAAACCUUUUUGGUAA